AUGGCCGGAACGAGUGUCGACGAAGCCCAAAACUAUUGUCUCAAGAGAAGGAAGAGAGACGACACUGCAUCUGCUCAGAAGCAACGAGAGCUUUUGAACAGAAGACGAAAGUCGGCGUCGGUGAGAGGACGGCACAAAUUUGGAGGGAAAGAGGAACCAAAAGAGGGAGAGGAAGAGAGAGAGGGAUGA